AUGGCGAGGAUACCUGGAGGAUUACAGCAUCGCAGGCAAGAUCGGAAUCUGCGAUCUGGAGGAAAUUCGAAAAAGGGAGAUUUGAUUGAAAAGUGGGGAUCGAGGCAGGCGAAGCGUGGGACCGUGCAGCAGAACGAGGCGGGCGGGCGGAGAAUCUGCAAAGACCGGAAGCAUGUUCAGCUGAUCGCUUCAAGACAUCCGCGCGCUUGGACUGCCUUCCGGUGCCUUGCUGAACAAGGUUUGAAGUUCCGUGCACACGAGGACCCUUUGGACGCCGGCGAACCCCACCUGGCGCGGCGGACAAUGUGCAUGCGAUCCCGCGACAAUGUCCAGGGCCAGACCGGUGGCACGCCGGAGGAAGCGCUUCUUGGCUCCGCAUGCUGUACUCGGACGUUGUUGCCGCAGCUUUUGCAUGCAGCAGGUGGCGGCAGGCCUUGCGCUCGUGUCGUAGCAUCCGAGUCGGGAACCUUUUGCACGCCACGUCAGCUCAGGACGCGUCGACGGCUCGCUGUGCCAGAUUGCAAGACAGACCGCGCUCUGAUCGCCCCGUCCUCUCGCUCGGGCGCUCGGCCGCUAGUUCCGCCUGCCGAACGAUUGUCGGCGCUUCCGUCUGAUCAGGACUUGGAGGCGAAUUGUGAAUUCCGCCAACCGCCCGCUCGCUCGCGCGUUGGCCCUGUCUGGCGCGUAAAAGAACAGCGCAUUCGAGAGGAGGGCUUGGUGGUAUUCGGCGUGCUUGUGCUUGUGGUUGUGGGUGUGGGUGUGGAUGUGCGUGCAUGCUCCCCUUCCCCCGUGCCCAUCGUGCCUGGAGAGGGGGGCCCAUUGCGUGGCGUCGGGUUCGCCCUGUCGUCUGCUGGCUUGGACCUGGACCAACACGGCAUUGGCUCGACCGGCGUCGUGUUCGCGGAUUCUCCGUUCCGCUGCCUUGGCGGAAGGAAGCUGGCUGAGCUCUGUUUUACCGAUACACCCAGGUCCGCUUCGUCCACCUCCUCGUCUCCCCCCGUCCGCCGUAGCGCCGUUCCCCCGACCUGGCCUCUCCGUCCGCUGUCGGCACCGCUCCCUCUCUCGCUCUGCUCACUCUGUCGACGUCAGUCAUCGCCUAGCGCACCGCGCCGCCUGCCUCUCCCAUCCCGACCCUCAUCCCCUCGCCGCCGCCUUCCUUGCCAGUCGUGCCAACCAGCGUCGUUGCUGGCCAGCUCUUCACCCAUUUCGCUCGUUCGGCAACUUACAAGCCAAGCGCCAGCAGCCCCCCCACGACGCAUUCGACCACCACGCCGCUUUCUUGCCCCCUAUCCCUAUCUCUCGCUUUUCUCAUCCCACCACCACCCGUCCACCAACACCGACACCCACAUCAUCCUCGCCAUCACCACCAUCUCCUUUCACUCUCGACCAGGCUGCACAGCCCCUGUAGCUCUCCCCGUCGAUUCGGUCUUUCAAAAUCGGCUCUGCCACAGCCGCCUGCAUCUCCUGGCGCCUGCUCUUGAUCGCCGACACCCCGUCUCAUACCUGCGAUCCCCGCUCUGCCGCUUCGCCUGGAUUCCAAGUCUCUCCGUAGUCGUCGGCGUCAUCUCAGCGAUCAACCUGGCGCAACCCAUCAAUCGACGUUGCUGUCCACAUCCUCGGCCAUCUCCGUGCAUUCAGCCUCGUAAUAACGCCCGUGAUCAACUUGCGUUGCCUCCGGCCGUCAACAAUCAGCUGCCCGUACUUCAUUUCGGCUGGCGUCUUCCUCACCAGCGUGCCGCUUCUUGGCCGCGCGACCGAAACACCCUCGUGCCCUCCGGUGGCGCACGCUCAUCUGCGCUUUUACGCUCCUCAUCGCAUCGAGCUGCAGCUUCCGCGCGUGCAUCGACUCUCCAAACUCUGUCCGGUGGAAACAUCGGCGUGUCUGCAUAUGAGGUGGUUUUGCCGAGCACCUCCGCUCCUCCUUCGCUCAUCGGAAGUCGCGAGUCGGACUCUUCGGCGGGACCUGCAGCAGCAUCUUCCGCGUCGUUCCUCGUGCGCCUCGAGUGCUUGGGACCUUCGGAGCAUGCACCCUCGUUCAUAGGCACUUCAUGGCAUGCUGGGCCCUGA